UUCAUUGAAAAUUCACGAAAAGGAAUGCGUAACAUUAAAUACACACAAGCGGACAGCAGAAACGCAACACAACACAACACACAUAAUGCCCAUUAUCAGACAAUCUUUGCUCAUGUCCACAACAGUAUCAGCUUCAAACGACCUUAACGCUAUAUAAACUGUCAGUGCUCCUCCUCCGCUUUCCCUGCACAUAAACUAUAUAAACCACCUCCCUCCUCCUCCUCCACCUCCGCCGCCGCCGCCGCCAAAAUGGCUGGUUUUAGCUUCAGAAACCUCACAUUCAUGCUUGUCAUUGUGCUGCUUGUGUGGUGUUCCGACAUGGAAACAUGCAAUGCAAGAAGAGUAGGACGGCACUGGCGACGGAGCCGAACCGUCGCCGCUUCCCUGUCCAAGAAGAAAGGGAAGUUCCACGGCUCCAGUCACCACCAUGGCAAGUCCAAGCAGAAGGCUCCAUCACCGCCGCCGCCGCCGGCCGCCGGCCCUGUUGCUGUCCCUCCGCCCACAAUUCCGCCGCCGAGUCAAGGUGAGGAAAAUGCACCUGACCCCACUGUCUUUGAUGUGUUGGACUUCGGAGCUAAAGGUGAUGGAAGCACGGACGACACAAAGGCAUUCCAAGCUGCGUGGGCUGCUGCUUGUAAGGUUGAAGCCUCAGUCUUAAAUGUUCCGGCAGAGUUCGUGUUCCUUGUUGGCCCCAUUUCGUUUUCUGGUCCAUACUGCCAGCACAACAUUGUUUUCCAGUUAGACGGCACGAUUAUUGCCCCAACGAGUGCAAGCCACUGGGGGUCGGGCCUUCUGCAAUGGCUUGAGUUCACAAAACUGGUGGGACUCACAAUCAAGGGAAGUGGGACGAUAGAUGGAAAUGGAGCCGUUUGGUGGCAGAGUUCACCCUAUGACGAUGAUCCCCUUGAUGAUCAAUCAAAACUCAUCGUCCCGUUGAAUGCCACAGUAGCACUAAAGCCUCCAAUUCCUAUAAGCAGCUCACUUGGUGGGAAAAUGCCAAGCAUAAAACCAACUGCACUUAGAUUCUACGGCAGUUUCAAUGUGACGGUCACAGGCAUUACGAUCCAGAACAGCCCGCAAUGCCAUCUGAAGUUCGACAAUUGCAUUGGUGUAUCCGUGUACAAUUUCAGUGUUUCAUCGCCUGGUGACAGCCCCAACACUGACGGAAUCCACCUGCAGAACUCCAAAGACGUGCUUAUCCGCAGUUCAAAUCUUGCCUGUGGAGACGACUGUGUAUCGAUACAGACGGGAUGCACAAACGUUUACAUACACAAUGUUAACUGCGGACCAGGACAUGGGAUCAGCAUAGGAGGGCUAGGAAGAGAUAACACCAAGGCUUGCGUAUCGAACAUCACUGUCCGUGACAUUGUUAUGCACAAUACCAUGAAUGGUGUUAGAAUAAAGACAUGGCAGGGGGGGUCGGGGUCCGUGCAAGGAGUACAAUUCUCCAACAUCCAAGUCUCAGAGGUACAACUGCCAAUUGUCAUCGACCAAUACUACUGCGACAAAGCCAAAUGCAAGAAUCAGACUGCUGCCGUUGCUCUGUCAGGGAUCAACUAUGAAAACAUACGAGGAACCUACACAGUAAAGCCCGUGCACUUUGCGUGCAGCGACAACAUGCCGUGUACAGAUGUAACGCUCAGCAACAUUCAAUUGAAGCCACUGCAAGAACGCUACCACAUGUAUGAUCCUUACUGUUGGCAGACGUUCGGGCAGCUCUACACGCCCACUAUCCCUCCGGUGGAAUGCUUACAGCUCGGGAAGCCAACGAGCAAUAAGAUUCAGGGAGACAAUGAUUCUUGCUAAUUAUAGCGAUGUUGCCAUUGAAGGAGACAAAGAUUAAACAAUUCUUGCAACAUAAGUACUACAUUGUUGGUGUAUUUUUUUGUGUGGUCGGCAUGGUUUACGCUGGCCCCUUUCGCACCAUUAUUAGCUAGUGAAUAUUGUAAUAGUACUAGAUUUACACGAUCAUUUGUUGUUUACUAAGGUUAAAAUGAGCUUGUUUCUUGGUGUGAGUACAUAUAUAUAUAUGAAGAUUGUUUGUACUUUGUAGGAAAUAGCUGAAAGGUUAAGGUUUAAGGAUCCCCUGUGUCUACCUCCUUAUAAGCUAAUGACAUCAAAUACAAUGAACUCGAAAACAAUCAUUGCCUGUUAGUAUAUUACUA